GCUUUCGAAAAUACGCAGAAAAACACUCAACCCCAACCGCUCAGUUCGAGUAUUUUUCUAAAAACAUUUUGUUCAGCUUUCGUGGAUUAUCAUACAUUAUUACUGCAUAUAACAAUAAAUUAACCGAUUGUAAUAUCUUUAUCCAUGUUAAUUAAUCGUACUAGGAAUGAAUGAAUUAAUUAACUAACUAAUCGUUCGUGGAAGCCUGUUUCGGAAAUCGAAAAAUAAAUAAAUAACCCGCUACAACACAUUUCUAUUAUUUCCGAUAGUAUCACAAUGUCUCAACGAUCAAGACGUCAGACCGCUUCGCAGCGGCCCCAGCGCUAUGCUGAUCAUGAAGUGGAAGAAGUUGAAGUUUCUCAAAGUUCACAACAUCGUUCCGAAAAGAAUUCAACAAGAAAUAGAAACUCUCAGCUGCAUCGAAGUUCUCAAAUGCCACAAAGUUCUCAGAGACCUUCAACGUCACAAGCAUCGCAAAGCGUGAGAACUAUGGAUGAAUCAGCAUUUAAUCUUACACAAGGAACUCAAAGAACAAAGCUUCCACCACUUCCCAUGGAAGAAGAAAACAUUUUAAUCGGCAAAGUCAUCAAGUAUAUGUUACUCAUGGAUCGAGACAAAGUACCCAUUCAACGAGCCAAUAUCAUCAAAUAUGCUUUGCCUAAUCAUGUUAAAUACUACAAGUCUCUCAUGCCCAAAGUUCAAUCAAAAUUGAAAGAGGUAUUUGGCUACAAUCUCGUGGAAUUGGAAGGAGCCAAAUGGAUUCUUACCAAUGAUCUGGAAAAUGUUGGAGAUUGCCUUGAAUUUUCGACCGAAGAGCGAGCUGAAAUGGUGCUUUUGUUUAUCCUACUUGCGCAUAUUUUCAUGUCGCCUGAAACAGAAUGCACGGCUGAGGAUAUACAUGAGCUGCUCAAGGGACUGGAGAUUGUCGAAGACAAUAAUUAUUUCCACGACUACUUCGGUGACGUAAAACAUUUGUUAAACGAAAAAUUUGUAAAACAAGGCUAUUUGGAACGUGGGGAAGUUCCUAAUUCGGAUCCACCGAUCGUACAAUAUAAGUGGGGAGUUCGAGCAAAAAAUGAGCUUUCACUACGAUGCAUAUUGGAAUUCAUAUCGAAGAUUUUCAACGAACGAUCAUUGGAGUCAUGGCCAGUGCAGUUCCAAAUGAUGAAAGCGAGCGAGGCUUAAGCACGAUGAAGAAAACGCUAGUCGAAAAAUCCUAAUUAUAAGAAAAACACGCAAAGCUACCUAACGAUUAAAAUGUUAUUUCACCUCCACGAGGCUCGUGAUCGUCAGUAUCGAUAACCUCCGAACAUAAAAAAGUUUCGUUGCUGGCUCGAGCGUUCGAAUAUCGGUGAGGAAAGUGUUACAACAAUGCUCAGGAUUUGUCCAUUAUUUUUUUUUAUUUUUUCGUUCCUUUUUGUUUUCUGUUUAAUCGGCUCCGUAGCUUUUACAAUUCCUAAAAGCAGCCAUAAAAAUGCUUAGUGAGAUUAGGUACGAGUGUGGUCUCCGAGUUCACUUCUGGGGUCAGGGAUAUAUCCCGGAGUGUAAACCCGUGGCUGACCUGUGCGUUUCUCCCUGUUGUUCCACUUCGAACGAGCAAUGAUAUCGCGUAUCCGUUUCAGACUUAUUGUUCGUGAUCGAAUUAAACGAGCGACUGUAAGGAGAAGAGAAAAAUGAAGUAUCAGUUUAAGCACGAGAAAAAGUGCGAAAAAUCGAAUUAAAAAAAAAUAAAAAUAAUUAUUUCUUAGAAAUAAUGAUUUUAAGAAAAAAUUUCGAGUUUUUUUUACAAAUUCUCUCAAAAAAAAAAACAACAGAAGUGGUGGGAACUAAAAAAGUAACGAGUCUCCUUGAACUUUAGAUAAGAAAAAAUGUAGGCCACUCGCAAAGUUUCGCUCGACUUAAUUACGAAAUUUCGUGACUUUUUCCAAUUAUGCCGAGUCACGAAUUCGUUGAGACAAUUAUUAUAUUUAGGAAUUAUUCAUAGAUUCAAGGCGGCAGCUCGGCUUAGGGGACGAAUUUGAUCACAUGCUGUAUUAAGGUACUCGACACCCUCUCCGUCUCUAUCGAAUCCACUCGAUUCUAAUUGGAUUGACGAAAUCCUAUCCAAUAACUGUCUCGACAACUUGAGCUGAACAUUCGCAAUCGAUCAAAACAAUAACGCGAUUCGAAGCGGAUUGAUUUUCACUUGUUUUCGUUUCCAAUCUAAUGAAAAUCAUAUUUUUCCCAUUUUCGAAUUAAUAAACAAAACUGUGAAUAAAUAAUGCACAAACUGAAUAAACUCUAGAGAAAAAGGA